CCCCCCCCCCCCACACACUGAUUAGCAUCGCUAGCAUAGCGUCACAAUUAAAUAGUAGCAUCUAAAUAUCAUUAAAUCACAAGUCCAAGACACCCAAUGAAAGACACAGAUCUUGUGAAUAAAACCACCAUUUCAGAUUUUUUAAAUGUUUUACAGGGAAGACAAAAUAUGUAAAUCUAUUAGCUAAACACGUUAGCAAAAGACACCAUUUUCUUACUCCAACAGUUUCUUACUCCAUCAGGUGCUAUCACCAAUUCGGCUAAACUAAGAUAUUGAUAGCCACAAACCAACAAACAAAUUCAUAAGAUGACAGUCUGAUAACAUAUUUAUGGUAUAGCAUAGUUUUUUUUUUUUAAAUGUGCAUUUUUCAGGUAUAAAUCACAGUUCUACAUUGCAGCUGCAAUCUGAUAUAGUGCUGAUGCAGCUAGAACAAUUACAGAGACCAACGUUAUAUAACUAAUUACUUGUCUUAAAACAUUUCAGAAAAAAUACACAGCGUACAGACAUUGAAAGCCCAACAUCUGGUGAAUCCAAACAAUAUUUCAGAUUUUUUUAAAUGUUUUAUAGCGAAAACAAAAUGUAUCGCUAAAUUAGCAUAACCAGGCCAGCCAGAACCGGCUGGACGCGCCCGACCAGUUCACAUGCACGACAGAUAUAUGAAAUAACAUCGUAAAUUGGGUCUUACUAUUGCUGGUCUUUCAUCAGAAUGUUGAUCAAGGUGUCCUUAGUCCUGAUGAGUCGUUCAAUCCAUUCACAAUGGCAACCUCCCCUCUUCAUUUAGCCUGGGUACUGGUCGACUGGCACGGUCCAUGUCCAAAGUUAAAAAACUCAAAGAACGGAACACGGCAAAACUCCCGAAAAAAUUCUAAUAAUCUGAUUAAACUAUAUUGAAAAAACAUACAUUACGGUGAUAUGGUCACAUGUAUCAAACAAACUUCGACACGGAGAUAGUUUUCAUCCGUAACGUCAGCAUAACAAAAGACAAUGGCACCUCUGAAAACGCGCAUCUCAGAAACCGGAAGUUGUCGGUCACGCUAAAGAAAUAGGUCUUAUUUCACGUCAGUACAAGAUAAACAAAAAAUUUCUCCUCUGACGUCUUCCAGACACCGAGAGGAAGAAGAAGGAAGUGUGUUUCGGGUCAUAGGUCGCGUGACCAUAUAUAGGCAGAGCUUUGAAGCGAGCAUACACAUCUUGCAAUCUUCUUCUGGCUCAGGGAAAGUGCUGUGAAAUGACCUGUGUUUGACUCAGAGACAAAAUUGGAACGGUUUUAGAAACCAUAGCUUGUUUUCUAUCCAAUGGCAUAUGGUUAUAUGCAUAUAGUAACAGCAAUAAUUGAAUAAGAGGCAGUUUAAUCUGUAGAGGCAAUUAUGCUAAUGCGAAACAGCACCCCCUGUAUUCUCAAGAAGUUAAGGAAGGUAAAAUCUUAGUUAUUGGUUUUAUAAUUUGAUUCUACUGUAUAAAGCAUAUGUCAUUUCAAGCUUUAUUCAUACGGUUUUGUUGAAUAGUAAAUGUCAUAAAUUUCAUAUUUUCAGCCAAAAUGUACUUGCGCUUGUGUCCUCAAAAGUGACUACACCUCAGCAUUUAAAAAAUAAUUUUUGUUGUAAAUUUCCAGAAAGUUGAGAUUUUAACAUUUUCUUGGAGUAUGCAGCAUUACUAGUUUUUGUUUAUGGUCCUUGAAUGAUGAAUAAUUACUUUUGGGGAUUGUGUAGGUUACAUUUUAGAUUACAUUAAGAGGUUUUUAAGAGCUUUCUCCAAUGUGCUCCUCACUCCAGUAUGGUGCUGUUUUGGUGUACAUGUUUUGUGUAUAUAUUGUAUGUAAAUUGUAAAUAUGUUUGAAACUGGAUAAAGGUUACAGCACUGACAGCUGCUAAAACAUAUGUACAUUAAUAAAAUGACAUUGGUGUAACUCAAUAAUUUCUAACAGAGUAUGAAAUGUAAAGACUCAGUAAUUCUUGGGAAAAUAUUGCUUUUCUGCAAAAGUUGAAAAGCAUCCUCUUGUAGGAUGGGGACAAGACAUGCCAAUAUUUCAGACAUUCCUUUCUUCUCAGCUAAUUGCACUCAAUUAACUCUAAAAGGGCUGACCCCACAUCCAAUACCUAAAAGAUGCUUCCUUCCUUCCAUCAUUCAUUCCAAUAAUCACUGACCUCACAUGACUGGAUUGGUUUAAUGGAACUCAUACUUUCAGGAAAAAUCGUGUUAGAUCAGUGAUUGGGCAUUUAUCCAGGAAGGAAGGAAGGACUCAAGCAAGGGUGUAUUUCUUACAUAUUAGAACAUGGUCCCAGUUCAGCCUACCUAAUGACAAAUCACCUCAAGCUGUGUUCGGUAUAGAGGACACGCGUGUCUACAGAAAGGUGGAAAACGAAACAUCACAUUUCUUGCGAUGAAAAUAAAGUGGUGGCUCUGUAUUUUAUGGAGAGUAUUUUCACUUAGUAUUGCAAUAUCUACAUCGGGUAUUUAUGGGUCUCCAUCUGUUUCACGUCCAGUUGGCAGGAGAAAAAUCCUCAAACUGGGCACAUCACAAGGCGUUGGUGACUUGCUUACAGCCCACCUAUCAUCCACAGCAAACAGAAAAUCAAGCCCGAGGAUACACUCUCACAGUAUCUCAUUCAGAACACCCCAACUCACACAAGAACUCAAACCAGCGCCUGCAAGGAUAUAUUCCUCUCCACCACCCCAGAUCCAGCGCCCUAUGCUUCUCGAUAAGCCUGUACCAAAGUCUCAACGUGACUUUACUCCGCUCCCGGACGUUUCGGUUACGUGUUCCAGUGGUGACUUCGUGGUCCGGGUCAAACGGAAUUUUUAUGGUUUUGAUGCCGACACCGAUGAGUUGACGCUGGGAAGCACCUGCAAGAGUAACGGUGUUCUCAUGCCUUAUGGUGACUUGCUCUUCUCUUAUCCAUUGGUGGAGUGUGAUGGCAAACGGCAGAUGCCACCGGGUUAUCUCAUCUAUACAUUUGUGCUCCAUUACACGCCUCUGACCCGGUUCCCACGCAGAGCGCAUCGCUUUAACGUGCAGGUCGAGUGUCGGUUUCAAAGGUAUCAUCAUGUCUAUCAGCUGGUGGUGCGCCCUACAUGGGAAACACCCACCGUGCUUAAAAAGUUAAAGGGGCGCGUUAACUUCCGAAUCCAGCUGAUGGACGAUACAUGGGCCAUGCCAGCCAAGUCCCAGGUGUACAUGCUGGGACAGACCAUUAAUAUCCAGGUUUCUGCACUUCACCUACCCCAUGGAGGAAAGCUUUUCAUCAACUACUGCUAUGCCACAACAUCUAAAGACUCCAAGACAUACCUCAAGUUCACUGUCAUUGACAACUUUGGCUGCAUGCUGGAGAGCCAGAAGAACCCUGGUGGCUCUCAGUUUGUCUCCCCCAGGACUGAUGACACCCUCCGGUUCUUCCUCAGUGCCUUCCAGUUCACCUCUGACCCAGACAAACCGGUCUUCCUUCACUGUAAACUGCAUGUGACAUCAGAGGAAACCGGCCCCAUGCACAAGUCUUGCACCUACCGAGAGAACAGGUGGAAAGCUGUAAUGGGAGAGGAUUCCAUCUGUGACUGCUGUGACUCCAAAUGUGUGACACCGAAACCCAGAAGAUCCAUGGUGGAGGGGUUUGCCAGCAGCGGGGCUCUACUGCUCUUAGAUCAGCCAUCCGCACCAAAGGGUGGUUUCCCACCAGUCAGUCCCUCACUAGUUGAAGACGUUGUCUGGUUUGAGACCAAAAUGGAUGAGUUUGACAACCCAGAUGAUCUACUGGAAACCAUUGAUGUGGAGAAGUAUCGUGAUAAGGAAGAGCAGAGUUAUACUCGUUCCACGGAGAAGGAGAAGCAACAUAUAGAGGAGGAUGAAUCAGUGCCUUUGGAGGGUGAGGAGUCAGAGGUGGUUCAGACUGUGUUUAGAAAGGGGGAGAUAUUUGAGGGUACACAGGGGUUAGGUGUGAGGGAUUCAGAGUUGAUAAGGGGAGAGGGGUCAGGGUUUAGAGCUGAGGGGACAGGGUUGCGACUAGAGUUUCCAUGGGAGAGGGCAGAGUUGAGAGAGAGGAAUCCAUGGGAAAGUAAGGGAUCAGUGUUGACCGAGGAGGAGGGCUCCAUUGAAAGGCAAUGGAUGCAUCCACAGGAGGAGUCCUCCCUGGGAUUAGGGAUGGGGGGAAAGUCUAUAUCACAGGAAGAGGUGGUUUCACAGUCCAUGAAGGAAUGGGGAUUUGGGGUGGGUGAGGAGCAGCCACUUGUGAUUCCUGAGGAUGAGGGGAAGGAAGGAAGAGUGGAGUCUGGGGAAACAGAUGAGGAUGACAAGAAGUUUCCACUCUUCUCUGAGACUGGUGAGGAGAUCAUUAGUGAUUAUGACGGGCUGGUAGAGUCCGGGAUUGAUGGUGGGAAAGACUUGCCCAGGGUUUGGCAUUUCAAGUGGCGAUGAGGUCAGUUACUGAGACCAUACAGUGAUUCAUUCUAAUCUUAACCAUAGACUUCUACUACGGUACACCACUGACACAGUUGAAAUAAAAACAUUGAAAUAAAAAGUCAAUGCAACUCUUAAUUUCUUAAUCACCAGAUGGAAUGGGAAGUCUACCUACAAGAUUUGUUUUACUUUGACUUAAACAUUUGAGGAAGUAAGCUUUUCAGACAAAAUUACAAAUCCUUUCCUUGUCUUUAUCUCAAAGCAGGAAAUGCACAUAACGGUAGGUGAAGAAUACUGAUAAGGUAAUGACAUCAAUAGGCCCACUAUUUUCCCAGUCAGACAUUAAAUGAAUAAAUUGGCCCCACAAUGUUUGUACAUACUACAUUAUUUAGUAAGUGCAACCUAUUUUCUGAGUCAUUUUAAAAUGUAAACAUGGGAUAACAAACCAACCACUGGUAUCUAAGCAGUCCCCACAAUAUCUCCACUAAGUGCGUCAUAAGUGUUAUAAAGGAAGUUCAUGUUUGUUUCCCUGUCACACUGACUGAGAAGCUUUGGUUGAAAAUGUUCCAGAUCACACCCACUGCAUUGCCUCACCUUGAUUGAGCUAAUAAACUGACUGGUACAGAAAGCUAUGGGUGAUCUUUUUUACAUUCCAUUAACAUGACAUGGAGACAGUCUGAAAAGUGAGUAAUACAUUUACUGUAUUCUCAGUAUAUCAUGACCUAUGUAGUGUAAAUCUAUUGUUCAUCCACUAAGGCAGAUAAACUCAUAACUUAACAUGAUUUUGAUACUUUAAUAUAUUUUUGUGAUCUUUUUUGUGUGACUUUUAGCAUGAUCUCAAUGGCACUGUUACUGCUCUACCAGCAGUUCCAGUACAACCACAAUGCUCAUUAUAGUCAGUGAAACUUGGCUUUUUUUCAUUGUUUCAACAGCAUCCAU